CAAUUAUUUGCCAAACAGCUAUCUUGGCCACGCGUCGCGCAAUUCAUAACCACGCAUGACCAAACACUUCGAGAAGCCUCGUCAAUGGCAACCCCAAUCAAUAUUCGGAACCAGAUAAUCAAAAUUUGACUUUGAAGCCAUGUUCCAUGUCUCCAUGUCUCCACGAAAUUGGUUGCUUCUUACCUUCUUUGUUGACUGAAAUCACAGCCACCGUAUAUACAUAUAUAUAGAAACCUUAGGCCAAUAUAUCUCCACCAAACUUCUAGAGAGAAAAUACAGAUCUAUGGAGGCUUUCCCGGUCCAGUUCUGCAGAGCAGUGCGAUCUUACUGGCGCCGUCGACGAUAUGAGCGUCUGGAAGCAGGUAAGAGGAGGAAGGUAAAGGUGGCCAAGCUCGGCGGAGGUCACCGGGUCUCAGCCGGCUCCGGUCUCAGCCGGUCCUUCAGGCUACGCCGGGUCUUUGGGAUUCGGUCGAAGAUGCUUUCGCCGGUACGGCUCCUGGCCCGGCUCAGAGAUGCAUAUGUGGAUUCCAUGCUCGGGCUAGCCGGUAAAGGAUCGGGUCUGUCGGGCGGGAUGGGGGGAGAGGUUUUAAUAAACCGGCGGAUCCCUAAGGCCCAUCCGGUUAAGUUGGAAACGGGCGAUUUUGAGCGGCGACUGAUUCUGGAGAUCUGCCGGUCUAUUCGCGCUUCCGGCGAGAUUGCUGUCUAUUAGCCGGUGAAAUUUUCGGCCUGAAUUCAGUAGGAUUCUUUCAAGCCGAUCCUGCUCUUCUAAAAAAUUAUAAUGGUACCCUUCUCUCAUGUUUGGCCAAUUUCAUUUCUUCUUGUUAAUGGCGUCGAGUUCCGAGAUCUCCGCACUUGUAUAUUGUAUAUUGUGUAUUGACCUUGUACCCUGGAGUUUCCUUAUUUGGGUAGGCAAAUUUUUUGCGUCCAGUGCCCACAUUCAUCCGGACACCAAUUCAGUGUCGCCACAUCACUAAAAUGCAUCGGGACCCGAAUGUAUUUGGGUGACGCCACCAGAUUAGAUGUCCGGACAUCCGGUGACCGGACGCAAUAAUUCACCCUUCGGGUAGGAGUGUAAGCCAUAGUUCGGCUUUGUGUUGCUUUUGUUGGGGCAAAAAUGUAAUUUUAUUUGCCUUGUACUUAAGUUUGAGAAAUUUGACUUUAAUAAACAGAAAUCGUCCAAAAA